AUGGGCUGCAAUCUGUGCACUUUUCAGAAGAGAGAGGAGCACUACAAACUGCUCUAUGAAGUUUCACAGGUCAAUGGGAAGGACCUCUCCAAAGCCACUCAUGAAGAGGCAGUGGAAGCUUUUCGCAAUGCCAAGGAGCCAAUUGUCGUUCAGGUUUUACGACGAGCCCCAAUUAGCAAAGCUCCUGGUAGCUCUCAGGAUGUUCGGCUUGUGGAUGCCAGCACUCAGACAGACAUCACUUUUGAGCACAUUAUGGCUCUGGCCAAACUAAGGCCUUCCACACCGCCGGUUCCCGAUAUCUGCCCUUUUUUACUUUCAGACAGCUGCCAUUCUCUUCACCCAGUGGAGCAUGACUUUUAUGAAGGUAAUGAGUAUCUUUCCAGCCUGCCUGCUGAUGCAGAUAGAGCAGAGGACUUUGAGUACGAGGAGGUAGAGCUGUGCCGCAUUAGCAGCCAGGAGAAGCUGGGGCUGACUGUCUGUUACAGAACCGACGAUGAGGAGGACACGGGGAUCUAUGUCAGCGAGGUUGAUCCAAACAGCAUUGCUGCCAGAGAUGGCCGGAUCCGUGAAGGAGAUCGCAUUUUGCAAAUAAAUGGCCAAGAUGUCCAGAAUCGGGAAGAAGCAGUGGCAUUGCUCUCCAGCGAAGAAUGCAAGAAAAUCGUGUUGCUGGUUGCCAGACCGGAGAUGCAGCUGGAAGAAGGGUGGCUGGAUGAUGAAAGGAAUGAAUUCUUAGAGGAGUUAAACUUGGAAAUGUUGGAAGAGCAGCAUAAUGAAGCGAUGCAGUACACAGCCAACGAGGUGGAGCAGCCAAAGAAACACGAAGAGGAGGAUGGCACUACAGACACUGCAACCUCAUCAUCCAACAAUCAUGAGAAGGACAGUGGGGUGGGACCUACCGAUGAAAGUCUGCGUAAUGAUGAGAGCUCGGAGCAAGAAAAUGCACCUGAGGAGCAGAACAGCGCUACCCUGCAGAGCAAACGGGAGCUGGGCCACAGCCAAGAUACGUUAGGAAGUGUUGAGCUCCAGUGCAAUGAAAGCUUUGUGUCUGGGGAAUACAUUGAGUCUGAUUUCAUAGGAAACCCAGAGGAGGAAUGUGAAAGGUUUCGGCAGCUGUUGGAACUGAAGUGCAAGAUUCAAAACCACGGGGAGUAUGACCUAUAUUACUCGAGCAGCACAAUAGAGUGCAACAGAAGAGAGCAAGAUGGAGUGGAGCAUGAGCUGCAGCUACUCAAUGAGGAACUGAGGAACAUUGAACUCGAAUGCCAGAAUAUUAUGCAAGCGCACCGGCUCCAAAAGGUGAGGGAUCAGUACGGAGACAUUUGGGCUUUACAUGACGAAGGGUUCAGGAAUUAUAACACCAGCAUAGAUGUACAAAGAGGCAAACUGGACGACAUCAUGGAGCACCCUGAGAAGUCCGACAAGGACAGCUCCAGUGCCUACAACACGGCUGAAAGUUGCAGGAGCACUCCACUGACCGUGGAGCGGUCCCCCGAUAACUCUCUCCAGAGGAUGAUCAGCAUAACCAACAGGAAAAACCUGAGGAGCACAAUCGUGGCUAAUCAGUCAUCCUCAGGGCAAAGCAACAGGGAGACAACCUCAGCCAAAACCAAACCCACUGAGCAAAACAGCGCUGCUGAGGACGCGGUGCUGGCAUCAGAAAGCGGCAAAUUCACAGACCAGGAAAAGCAGAGCAGCGAGCACAUUCCCUACCUGUCUCCAUAUCACAGCUCUUCUUACAGGUAUGGGAAUAUACCUGCUCAUGCAAAGCAUUAUCAAAGCUACAUGCAACUGAUCCAGCAGAAGUCCGCUGUGGAGUACGCCCAAAGCCAGCUCAGCCUGGUGAGCAUGUGCAAAGACUCGCAGAAGUGUGCGGAGCCCAAGAUGGAAUGGAAAGUGAAAAUAAGGAGUGAUGGGACGAGGUACAUCACAAAGAGACCGGUUCGAGACAGAAUCCUGAAGGAACGUGCCUUAAAAAUUAAAGAGGAACGCAGUGGGAUGACGACAGAUGAUGAUACGAUGAGUGAGAUGAAGAUGGGUCGCUACUGGAGCAAAGAAGAGCGGAAGCAGCAUUUGGUGCGAGCUAAGGAGCAGAGGCGGCGGCGGGAGUUCAUGAUGAGGAGCAGGCUGGAGUGUCUUAAGGAAAGUCCGCAGAGUGGCAGCGAGGGCAAAAAGGAGAUUAACAUUAUUGAACUGAGUCACAAAAAGAUGAUGAAAAAGAGGAACAAGAAAAUCUUGGACAACUGGAUGACAAUCCAAGAACUGAUGACACACGGUGCUAAAUCUCCAGAUGGCACAAGAGUGCACAAUGCCUUUUUAUCAGUUACUACUGUAUGA